AUCAUGCCCUCCUCCCCGCUCAGGGUGGCUGUGGUCUGUAUGAGUAACAUGAACAGAAGCAUGGAAGCCCAUGGCAUCCUCAUGAAGAAGGGGUUCAGGGUCAGGUCUUUUGGAGCUGGAUCCCGCGUAAGGCUCCCGGGACCCUCACGCAAACUCCCUGUGGUUUACGAUUUCACCACCACGUAUGAGCAGAUGCGCAAGGACCUUCUCCUCAAAGACCGAGAACGCUAUACCAGCAAUGGCAUCUUACACAUCUUGGGAAGAAAUGAGAGAAUCAAGCCUCGCCCAGAAAGAUUUCAAGAGUGCAGAGAUCCCUUCGAAGUCAUCUUCACGUGUCAGGAGAGCGUCUAUGACAGGGUGGUGGAAGAUCUGUGCACCCGGGAGCAGGAGACGUGUCAGCCUGUGCAUGUGAUCAACGUGGACAUGGAGGACACCCUGGAGGAUGCCACCCUUGGAGCUCUGAUCAUCUGUGAGCUCUGCCAACGCCUCCAGCAGGCAGAGGACAUGGAAGGCAGUCUGGCUGAGCUACUCCUGUCAGUGGAAGAGAAAACAGGAAGAAGCUUCCUGCACACGGUCUGCUUCUACUGA